AUGCGGCAAACAUGUCACCAGCAGCACCAUCAGCAGCAGCACCAUCACCAUCAGCAGCAGCAUCAGCAGCAGCAGCAGCAGCAGCAGCACCAUCAGCAGCACCAUCACCAUCACCAUCAGCACCAGCAGCAGCAGCAGCAGCAGCAUCACCAUCACCAUCAGCAGCAGCAGCACCAUCACCAUCACCAUCACCAUCAGCAGCAGCAGCAGCAGCAGCAGCAGCAGGAGCAGCAGCAGCAGCAGCAGCAGCAGGAGUAUGUGUUUUUUAUUGUAUACAGGAGCAUCGACGUGGCUUUGCGGCGUAUAAUGGAGCAACACAGCGAAACCACGCGGUUUGCGUUGGCUUGCAACUCUUCUACAUCUGUCAUCGAGCCGCUGCAGUCUCGUUGUGCUAUUCUCAGAUUCACUAAGCUUACUGAUGCACAUCUCAUCCAAAGACUGCGGGAGGUUUGCGCCAAAGAAAAUGUAACUUUUACAGAUGACGGCAUCGAGGCGAUUGUGUUUUCUGCGGAUGGAGACAUGCGGAGCGCACUCAACAAUCUGCAGUCCACUGUCUCUGGCUUCGGCCUCGUCAACAAGGCAAACGUGGAGAAGGUGAUAAGGUUUUAUAACAUCGACUACCCGCAGAAAUUAGCGGAUUUGGUUGCGGGGAUUUCUUUUGCUCGGCGUGAUGAGCUGCAGGCUGUGCUUGCUAUCGUGGGUGUUACCCACAUGACGAUGGCGGGGGGCCUCUGCACAGAGCUUCAGAUGGAGAAGAUGCUGGCGCAGCUGUGUAAGGUGGCGAUAUCCCUCCGCCCCUCCGUCAAGGGCUAA